CCUUCUAUCUCGUCCACCAUCUUGUAUUUACGGCCGGCACAAGUGACUCGCCUGUCCAACAUUACAUGGUAGAUGACGUCGCCGUUAACUGUGGCGGCUCUGGUAGGUCAUCUGCUUUUGUAUGGGUACAAAAUUUACUUCACCUAAAGAAGCAAACGGAAAAUCAACUUUCCACCAAUCACCUUUUGCUGAUCAUGUUCCCUACAUGACCGCUUGGAUCUCUAAUGCUCAAUUCACCUAUACAUUUAAAAUCAGGUCAGGCCAAAAAGUCAUUCGCCUACACUUCUAUCCAACUUCAUACCCUGGUUUUGAAAGAUCUAAGGCUCUUUUUACUGUUAAAGCUGGUCCUUACACUCUCCUUAGCAACUUCAACACUUCCCUUACUGCUGAUGCUUUGGGUGUUGGUUAUUUUGCAAAAGAAUUCUGCGUGAGCAUUGAAGAAAAUCAAAUAGUAAACAUAACAUUCUCUCCUUCAAAAAGUACUAGUUCUUCAAAUGUUGAUGAUGAUGAUGUUUAUGCUUUUAUCAAUCGAAUUGAGAUCAUCUCCAUGCCCACUGGUCUUUACUACACUCUCGAUGGUGAUUUGGGCACUCGUGUCGUUGGCAAUAAGUUUUUUCGACACUAUAUUGAUAACCGUACUGCACUAGAGAUGGUUCACCGUUUAAAUGUUGGAGGGAGAUCCAUUUCGGCGGUAGAAGAUUGGGGCAUGUUUCGCAUGUGGUCUGAGGACAAGAAUUACUUGCUACAGUCAACAAGCCUUUUACGAGAUAGUAAAAACAUUAUGAUCACAUACACAAACAUGGCCACAUACCCUGCACCAUCUGAAGUUUACAGAACUACUUGGUCAAUGUGUUCAAAACAACAUACAAACCAAGUGUACAACAUUACAUGGAAACUACCGAUAGAUUUGGGAUUUAGAUAUCUGGUUAGGCUCCAUUUUUGUGAGCUUGAACCCAUGAUUACUGAAAGUGGCCAAAAACAGUUUGAUCUCCUGAUAAAUAAUAAGAUCGUCGAGACUAAAGCAAAUAUGAUCAAAUGGAGAGGUGGAUAUGGGGUUGCAGUGUACAAGGACUAUGUGGUGAUGAUGGAAGGAGACGGGAUGGAGGGCAGGUGUAAUCUAACCAUAGCUUUGCAGCUCAUGUAUGAUUCAAGCACUAGAAAAAUUGAUGCAAUCCUCAAAGGUAUGGAGAUAUUUAAGUUGAGCAAUCCCGACAACAAUCUCGCUGGUGUGAAUCCUGUUUUCACAGCAAAUGCUCCGAUAUCAAGGACUCCAACACCCCGAAAAUUAGUUUUAUCUUUUGGAAGUGUAAAUACGAUUGCAACAGGUAUAAUUCUUGUACUAACUAUAUUGAACUUCAUUCUGUAUCAUUUAAAUCGUUUGGAAUCAAACUCUGGCAAAAUAAACAUCUCAUCAUCAUUGGUGGAGGAGGAGGUGCAACGGCGCUUCUCACUUGUUGAGAUCCAGUUGGCCACCAACAACUUUGAUGAUGCACUAGUCAUCGGUAAAGGUGGAUUUGGUAAUGUGUACAAAGGGAUCAUUGACAGGAGAAAGUGUGUUGCCAUAAAGCGGUUGAAUUCGGAAUCCAAACAAGGGGCUCAUGAGUUUUGGGCUGAGAUCAACGCCCUUUCGAAGCUUCGCCACAAUCAUCUCGUCUCUUUGAUUGGCUACUGUGACGACUGCCAGGAGAUGAUCCUGGUCUACGAGUACAUGGCUCAUGGUACCCUUGCUGACCAUCUUCACAAAGCUAGUAGAAAUGGUAGGGGUAGCUCACCUCUUUCCUGGGAACGACGACUCAACAUCUGUAUUGGUGCUGCAGGCGGGUUGGACUUCCUUCAUACAAGUAGGGGUGCCCACCAUGGAAUCAUACACCGUGAUGUGAAGAGUUCAAACAUUCUGUUGGAUGAAAAUUGGGUAGCUAAGAUUUCUGAUUUUGGGUUGUCAAAAAUGGACAUUGCAAACGUAUCAGGCACUUACAUUAGCACCAACGUUAAAGGCACAUUCGGCUAUCUGGAUCCAGAGUAUUUCAUGACUCGAAGACUGACCAAGAGAUCAGACGUAUAUGCAUUCGGUGUGGUAUUGUUCGAAGUGUUGUGUGGUAGGAGGGCUGUGGAUAUGACACUUGAGGAGGAGCAGCAUAGUCUGGCCCUUUGGGCCCGAAAAUGCAUUCGAAAAGGAACACAAGAUCAUCUCGUGGAUCCCAGUGUGAAGGAGCAAAUCUCACCUCAUUGUUUAAGAAGGUUUGUGGAAAUUGCCAACAAAUGCUUGAAUGAUCAGCCAAAUGAACGGCCUACAAUGGCUGAAAUAGUGGCGAGACUCAAUUUAAUUACAUUGGAGUUGCAGAGGAGGGCUGCUGACUCUGAUAAAGAGCAAGAGGUUAUCGAUGUUGGCGGGACUUGCAAAGAGCAUACUGAUUGGAGUAUUACGUCGGAGGAUUCUCCAUCAACAUCCGGGCAUUAUAGUAUACCUCCUAUUGAGGUAAUAAAUGAAAGCAGGGUGGAGGAGAGUAUUCCACUUUGGAAACAAAAGAAGGCUUACAAUUCUAAUCACGGAUUGCCGUCAGGGUGGUGGCUGUGGAACUCAUUGAGGAAUAGAAAGAGACCUUCAAUGACAAAAGCUUAUCCACUGCCAAAAGUAUAUUCUCGUCAAUUCUCACUGGCAGAGAUUCAAAAGGCCACAAACAAUUUCAAUGAUCACCUCCUAAUAAACAAUGGUUGUGAUGGUAAGAUUUACGAGGGUUAUAUCGAAGAAAUAGGGAAAGUUGCUAUCAAACGACACUUGACAAGUGAUGAUUUCUACAAUAAUUUUUGCACGAGGUUGAGGGUUCAGUCCCAACUUGAAUGCAUCAACAUUGUGUCAUUGGUUGGGUACUGUUAUAAUGGGCUUGAGAUGAUCCUGGUGUACGAAUACAUGGCCAAAGGGAGCCUAUUUGAUUGUUUACACAAUACUACCAAUAAUAAUCAACGUCUGUCAUGGAAGCAGAGGCUCCAAAUCUGCAUCGGUGUGGCACAAGGACUGAACUACCUUCAUAGAGGUGUGGAGCAGACAAUUAUCCAUCUUGACAUAAAGCCAUCCAACAUUCUCUUAGAUCAAAACUGGGUUCCAAAGAUUUCAGAUUUCAAGUUUUGCUGUUUGGUUCCCAAGGACGGCUCAUUAACCAUCUCACCAAAUUUGGGUACAUAUGGCUAUAUGGCUCCAGAGUAUAUGCGUGGUGGACGAGCCACGGAAAAAUCUGAUGUGUACUCAUUUGGCAUGUUGUUGUUUGAUGUUUUGUUGGGAAGGCAAGCAUUUUGUAUCGAAGAGGAGUGCAUAGAAUUAGGGUCUGUUGAAGAGAUCAUUGAUCCAUAUCUGAUGGGGAGGAUAUCGCCUCUUUCUUUGAGCGUCUUUGUGGAAGUUGCUAGGAAAUGCUUGCUUUUCCAAAGGACUGAACGCCCUUCAAUGAUUGCUGUUGUUCGCAAGCUCGAGCUUGCUCUAGAUCUGCAGGAAACUACUGAUGCUGUAUUGGAGAAUAAGGCAAGAAUUGGGCACCAUACUCGGAUUAUCCAACCUGAUUCUCCAUCACAUUUGCAAGACAUGGAACUCUCUGGCCCACGCUGAAUAACUUAUGUUCUUGUAGAACUUAAUAGAGAUUGGAUUCCAUCUUUAGAUAUAUAUAUAUAUAUAUAUAUAUAUAUAUAUAUAUGUACUAAAUGUGGUCGUAAUCGAAAAUUUGUACCUGUUGUACACUAUGUCAGAGCUCCGAAGAACUUUGAUGUUAAUUCCUUCAAGAGUAGCACGUGUCCUUGUUCUGGCUUUUUACCCAGGAAACGAUUCUACUUUGGAAUAGAUGAAUGUCAUUUGCAGGCAACAACGUUGCUGAUUUUAAAGCAUCUGAAAAUGUCUACACAUUUUUGUCAGAUGCGAAAAUCAACAAUGUAGGAAAUGAUGACUAGAAAUAGCAAGACAAAGGUGAAAAAUAAAACUGUCUUAGAUUCUAAACAAAUAUCAUGAUUGAAACAUUGUAAUAAUAUUCUAGUU